AUGAAAGAUGAACUAUCACAGUUUAUAGAUGUCAUGUCCAUCCAGAAAAUGAAUGAUCUACCUAAUAAUGGAACAGUUCAGCAGCAAUAUCUACCUAUUAAUGGAACAGUUCAGCAGCAAGAUCUACCUAAUAAUGGAACAGUUCAGCAGCAAACCAAUAAAGAUGUGAUGGAACACAUGGAUCAAAUUAAAAAGUCAGACACAAGUGACAUUGUGAUGACGGAAGACCAGGAUGUAAAUACUACGAAGAUACCAGUUGUCACCACCACGCCAAUCGGUGUAUUAACUGAUAGCUUAAAAAGACUGUCCAUAAAAGAUCUAUAUGACAACGAGAUAAAAGAAGUGAAAGAACUAAAACAAAAACAGCGUCCAAUAAGACAGAAAGUUAAGCGUGAGUGGAGGAAAGAAAGAGAAAUGCCUGGAACAUCCCAGCAGCAAAGUAUUUUAUCAAACAGUAAAGAACCCAAAGUUGAUAGAACUAAGAAACGAAAGAGUUUAACUGUGUCAUUCAGCCAGACAGUAGAUGAUAAAGACACAGAAGAAGUCUCACACCAAGCGAAAAGGAAGCGCUUAACUGUAUCAAACAGUCAGGAGGUAGACAAUAAGGACAGAGAAGACGUCUCACAGACAACUAAAACAGAACACGUCUCACAGACAACUAAAACUGAAGGCGUCUCACAAAAAACUCAAACAGAACACGUCUCGCAAACACCAAUUGCAAACACAGAAGUCGUCUCGCAGACACCAAUUGCAAACACAGAAGUCGUCUCGCAGACACCAAUUGCAAACACAGAAGACGUCUCGCAGACACCAAUUGCAAACACAGAAGACGUCUCGCAGACACCAAUUGUAAACACAGAAGUCGUCUCCCAGAAACCAAUUACAAACACAGAAGACGUCACCCAGACACCAAUUGCAAACACAGAAGUCGUCACCCAGACACCAAUUGCAAACACAGAAGUUGUCUCCCAGACAUCAAUUGCAAACACAGAAGUCGUCUCCCAGACACCAAUUGCAAACACAGAAGACGUCAUCCAGACACCAAUUGCAAACACAGAAGUCGUCUCCCAGACACCAAUUGCAAACACAGAAGUCGUCUCCCAGACAUCAAUUGCAAACACAGAAGUCGUCUCCCAGACACCAAUUGCAAACACAGAAGUCGUCUCCCAGACACAAAUUGCAAACACAGAAGUCGUCUCCCAGACACCAAUUGCAAACACAGAAGACGUCUCCCAGACACCAAUUACAAACACAGAAGACGUCUUACAGACUACAGAAACAGAAGACGUCUUUCAGACAACAGAAACAGAAGACGUCUUUCGGACAACAAAAACAGGAGACGUCUUUCAGACAACAAACACCGAAAACGUCUUCCAGACAGUAAAGACAGAAGACGUCUUACAUACGACAGAAACAGAAAACGUCUUCCAGACAACAGAAACAGAAGACGUCUUUAUGACAACAAACACUGAAGACGUCUUACAGACAACAAAAACAGGAGACGUCUUACAGACAACAAAAACAGAAGACGUGUUUCAGACAACAAAAACAGAAGACGUGUUUCAGACAACAAAAAGGAAGGUCAGAAGAAUAUCUAAAGACGGUGCUCCUUCAAAAAGAGUUAAAAUUGAUAAAAUCAUUGACCAGAAAUUUAAACCAAAGGUGAAAAAUGAAGUCCGCUAUCUCACAAAAAGCUUCAAAAAGUUAGAAUUACAGAUGAAAAUGAAUUAAAGUCUCAAGAUAAGAGAAAAUCAGUAAUAUUCUCGAUACAGAAUAGUUUCCGGACAUACUAAGCAAAUCAAGAUGUAUGAAUGAAUUGUGGUCUUUUCAUGUCACAAGGUCCCAUGAAUUUUUACUAUGUAUAAUUAUGAUAUUUGUAUAAUAAAGUUUUUUUAUUUA